AAGCUCUGUUCUUCUCUCUUCCUAUUCUCUCCAUAACAAGAAAUAUUCUGCAGAUAAACAAAAAACUUCCAUUCACGAGGGUUGGAGCUAGAGUUUCCAAAAUCGAGAAACAAACAGAUAAAUUUCGGUCCUAGAUUCUGAAGUUGGGUCCCUCUCUAAAACUUUCUAUAUUCUCUUCGCCAAGCUAAAACCACGAAAAAUACGAAGAGAUAGAUCUGCUUCAGAAGAAAACAGAGUACUCUGCUUCAUAAAUUUAAUAGCUUUUGUCGGAUUUUUUUUCCCUUUACUUCUUUUUUCAAGUCAAGAAAGAGGAGAAUUCUACAGACAGAGAGAGAAGAAGAAGUUAGAGCUUAAGAGAAUUCUUGGGCUCUCGUAAAAAAAUCAUCUUUUUCUGCCUAAAGGCGAAACAGAGAGAGAGAUAAAUGAGCAAAGAGCAGUAAUGGCUGCCUUACAUGCCACGUUACUGAUCCUUCUCUCAAUUUUUCUUUCAACUUCACCGACUGUUCGAGGUAAUGCUGAGCUAAAAGCUUUAAUGGAGCUCAAAAGUUCUCUUGACCCGGAAAACAAGCUUCUCCGAUCAUGGACUCUUGACGGCGAUCCAUGCGACGGAUCUUUCGAAGGAAUCGCCUGUAACCAGCACCUGAAAGUCGCAAACAUAUCGUUACAAGGGAAACGUCUGGCCGGAAAACUGUCUCCGGCGGUUGCAGAGCUCAAGUGCUUGUCAGGUCUUUACUUACAUUACAAUAGUCUCUCCGGAGAGAUACCUCAAGAGAUCACGAAUCUCACUGAAUUAUCAGAUCUUUAUCUCAAUGUUAAUAACUUCUCCGGUGAGAUUCCGGCAGAGAUUGGCUCCAUGGCUGGCUUGCAAGUUAUGGAUCUCUGCUGCAACAGCUUAACAGGGAAGAUACCAAACAACAUUGGAUCCUUGAAGAAGCUAAACGUGUUGUCUCUGCAACACAACAAACUAACCGGAGAGGUUCCUUCGAGUUUGGGAGGCUUGAGUUUGUUAAGUAGGCUUGAUUUGAGCUUCAACAAUCUAUUAGGAUCGAUCCCAAAAACCCUAGACAACAUUCCUGAGCUGGAUACACUUGACUUGCGCAACAAUACUCUCUCUGGCUUUGUUCCUCCUGGUCUCAAGAAGUUGAAUGAGAAAUUCAAGUUUGAGAACAACAUUGGGUUAUGUGGCGUCGAUUUUCCUUCUUUGAGAGCUUGUUCUGCUUUCGAUGAUGAAACUAUCCAACAACUCAAGCAGCCUCCAGGUGAACUAGACACUAAUAAAUCAACUCUUCACAACAUUUCCGAGUCUGUGUAUCACCAGAAGCAGAAAUCAUCAUCGAAACUCCCACAAGUUGCUUUGAUCUCAAGCGUGAUUACAGUCGGUAUAACACUGAUUGGUGCUGGUUUAUUGACCUUCUUUCGCUACAGAAGAAGGAAGCAAAAGAUUAGUAACACAGGAGAGAUUUCCGAGGGAAGACUCAGCACAGAUCAACAAAAAGAUUUCAGGGCAUCGCCACUCGUGAGUCUUGCUUACACCAAAGAAUGGGAUCCACUCGGAGACAGCAGAAACGGAGCUGAGUUCUCACAAGAGCCUCAUCUCUUUGUUGUCAAUAGCAGUUUCAGGUUUAACUUAGAAGAGGUUGAAUCUGCAACACAAUGCUUCUCAGAGGCUAACUUACUGAGCAGAAACAGCUUUACCUCAGUGUUCAAAGGAAUCCUCAGAGAUGGUUCUUUGGUAGCUAUCAGAAGCAUCAACAUAAGCAGUUGCAAGAACGAGGAAGUCGAGUUCAUGAACGGUUUAAAGCUUUUAUCCUCACUGUCACACGAAAACUUAGUGAAGCUACGUGGAUUCUGUUGUUCUAGAGGCAGAGGAGAGUGUUUCCUAAUCUAUGAUUUUGCUUCAAAAGGAAAGCUCUCGAAUUUUCUUGAUUUACAAGAAAACGAAACCAACCGGGUUCUUGAUUGGCCUGCAAGAGUAUCUAUCAUCAAAGGGAUUGCAAAAGGUAUUGCUUACUUACAUGGAAGUGAUCAACAAAAGAAGCCUAUAACAGUUCAUCGAAACAUCUCUGUCGAGAAAAUCCUGCUUGAUGAGCAAUUUAACCCGUUGAUCGCUGAUUCUGGUCUUCACAACCUUCUAGCAGAUGAUUUGGUCUUCUCAGCACUCAAAACAAGUGCAGCAAUGGGAUAUUUAGCUCCAGAGUAUGUCACAACCGGAAAGUUCACUGAGAAAACAGACAUUUUUGCCUUUGGAGUCAUCAUUCUCCAGAUACUCUCUGGCAAGCUCAUGCUUACAAGCUCACUGAGGAUUGCAGCUGAAAAUGGAGAGCAUUGUGGGUUCAUUGAUGAGUAUCUUCGUGAAGAGUUUGAUAAAUCAGAGGCGAUUGCAAUGGCUAGGAUUGGAAUAAGCUGUACACAGGAGAUUCCAAACAAUAGGCCCAAUAUAGAGACACUCCUUCUGGAGAUAAACUGUAUGAAGAAGAGUGAAUGAGUGUGCUUUCUAGUUAGUGUUUGAAGAAAAGGUUUUCAACUUUUGUGCUAAGUAUAAUUCUCCGGUUAAGCAGUAUCACAACAAUUGUGUGUUUUUUUUCCUCUGUCUCCAACAAGAACCGGU